CACACACACAGGCCCUGCCACCCCCUGAGGGCUCAGUCCAUUCCUAGCUGUGAGGGAACCCAGACAUCUCCUCCGACUAAGCUGUGGCCAGCGUUGGGCAGGCAGGAAAGGUCAAAUGUCUGCCAGCCUAGAAUGUUCCAGACCUGCCCUGGCAGACCCCCACCAUCCUGCCUGUUUCCUGGCAGAGUCUCCUCCAGCCCCGUCCCUGGGGUCUUCCACGUCAGCGGGUUUCCUGGGCCAAGGAGCCAGGUGCUGAGGGUGGCUAGUGUCCCUAGUGACAGUCCAGCCCCCAGGGCCUCUCCCAAGCCAGGACUGCCACCACUUCCUCCCCAACUUGCCACACUGCCUCUGGUCAGGUAUCUGGCUGCUCUCUGGAGUUUCUGGAACCUGUGGGCUAAGCUUCAUUUGCUCACUGAUCGUUCAUUCGUUCAGUUAUUUGUUCGUUCAUUCAUUUGUUCAUUCAUUCAUUCAAUGAACACUUAAAUGGGCACCUCGUCUGUGCCAGGUACCGUUCUAGUCUCCCAAGAACACAGCAGUGAAGAAAAACAGAUCCUGGGCUGUAUGGCACCUGUGUUCUGGUGAAUAUAAGGGAUCUCGUACACCUACACUCCUAAGCGUGUGCACACAGGCCGCUCACACACGGAGCCACCAUCGCUGCCCCCAGCUUGGUCAGUGCUGACUACUGCUGAGGGACCCCCUGGGGCCCAUGCAGAGCCUCUGUCGUCCUGUGGAAGGAAGUAGCAUAAUGAACAGCGAGUGGACAAACAGGAAAGGGUGCGGAAGUUCUCACAUUCAGCCCCCUUCCCCUCUGGCCACACUCCCGCAGGAAUCACACCCUCGUCCCCCGCCACCCCCAGGCAGCCCGUUCCCCGUGGAAACAAAUUGGGCAUCUCCUGCUCCUGGGCAAGCAACCUCUCGGACUCAUCCGUGACCUGGAGGCUGUCAUGCCAAAGUCCCGGUGUUACUGUGGUUGUCACAUGAGGAACAGGCCAGUGAAGAACAUCGGUGCCGCCAAGGCAGGAACUGCGGAUGGGUCCAAGAGGCUGGGACUGGGGCAGGAAGCAAUCUGCAGCCAGCCAGAGCGCCACGGCGGGGCAGGGAAGGCAGCGGGGGGAGGGGGGGGACCCUCCUUGUGUCUGGGGAAGGUGUGGGGCGUGGGAGGUGGGAGGGGCCGUUCGAGGCCAUCUGAGCUGGAAGUACCCACCCCCACUCCCAGCUGCCCCCUCUGAAGUCAUUUCCCACCUCCCCCCCCCCCACACCUGCCUUCAGGGCUGGAGCGAUGUCAGUCCCAGAAGCAAAUUCCUCCCUCCCCCUCCAAUGUCACCUCAGAUGCCUCAAGCAGGUCCUCUGGGAACGGGAGUGGGCUUCCUGCAGGAUGCUGGGGGUGUGGAGCUCGGCAGAAACAGCAGAAAAUGCAGAGAGGCUGCAGGGGAGAGAAGGAUGGAAGUCAAUCCUCCACGUGCUGGUUUACAGAGGACUCUGGGCCUUGGGGCCGGGAAGCAUCCUGCAUUUGCUGGGAUGGAGGAGAGAGCCCCUUCCCCAGAGGGGCCCAGCUCCAAGCCUGAGGGAGCCCACAAGGAGGAGGGAGGGGGUGCUGGGGUGAGAUGGAAGCUGCGAACAAGACCCCAGCCAGAGGAGGAGCUGGGAGCAGGAGGCAGGUCAGCUCUGCAGGGUGAGGCGUGCCUUGGGGAGCAGACAGUGGCAGUGGGAGGGCAGAGGAGGAGAGGGGGUGGGAAACCAGCAGGCGCAGGCCGGUGCCUCUCUCUGGACCCUGUCCCCUUCCCAGUCAGCAACAUCAUCGUCCUCUCAGCAGCGAUCAUGUACAUAGUGCUAACUUUUAACCUCCCCCCACCCAAGCAGAGAAGACACAAUUGCUACCCUCUGGCCCCCAUCAGGUGUGGAUACCAAGGCUUGGAAAAGCUACAUGGUGUGCUGCAGGCUGUCCCUCUGCCCCAGUCGAGGAGGAGGAGUGGUUCACGCUGUGGUCUGAAGCAGCUCCCCUGGAGUUGUCAGUGAACAACCAGAAUGACUGUACUUGACGAUCACCCAGGGGAGAUCCUGGUAUUGGAAGGAUACCAAGUUGGAAGCCAUGGCUCUGCGUCCUGUGCCUCCUCCACCCGGGAGGCCAAUGGAAAUAAAGACAGCUGGUUCAAAAGGGAGCCCUCGAGGCGGUGGCCCUUUUUGAAGAGGCUCGACUCAAUGACAUCUGACAUUUCAUCCAUUGAUCUGCACAGUAACUAUUGGGCAUCCACUGAAUGCCAGGCUCUGUGGAGGGAAUCCGGGCUCAGCCAGGUGAAUGAAAUCCCUGGGGUCCCCGAGCCAGCAAGCUAGAGGGGGAACAUAGGCAAGACCCACAAACCCCAGCGGCAGUCAGCUCGCCCUCAGACACAGAGACACCCAGCUCACCCACGGCCAGCCGCAGAUGCGAGAGGACCCAAGGACCACCCUGCUGAGCCCAACCCACAUUUUUGACAUGCAGAAUCAUGAGCUACAUAGAUGGCGGUUGGGGCCCCUACAUCUGGGGCUAGUGUUACACAGCAGUAGCUAGCUGAUACAGUGUCGGCCUGAGGGAAUGAUGGCGAAAAUGACAGCCAUCUCUUGCUAGGCCCAGUUCCAAGCUCUCGGCAGAGAUCACCUCACUUAAUCCUCCCAGUGGCUCUGAGAGUUGGUCCUUGGCUCCUCACUUUAUAGGCGAGAAAACGGAGGGCCAGGAAGACCAUCCUUAUCUCUGGCCACCUGACCAGUUGGGGGGAAGAGACAAGAUUGAAACCCAAGUCUGUCUUCAGGAGCUCAGCCCUGAGUCACCUUCGCAGACGAGCCUCAAUGUCAGCGCGAGUCGGCAGCAAGGAGAGGGUGUAAUGUAUUCUGCACACAGGGGCUGACGUCACUGAGAAUGUUCUCAGCCUUCCGUUCCCCAAGAGUUAUGCCCCGCAUCCCGCCCUGCUCUUGUGUCUCCCCCAGCCAGUGGCUCUAAUUCCGGUGUGCUUUUAGGAAGACAGACAAAAGCACAGAUGUGGGGAUCAUUUAUCUCUUUUUUCAUUCAACCUCCUAUUUAAUCAGCAAAUAUUUCUUGAGCACUUGUCAUGGGCCCCUUUCCAUAAUGUUCUUUCUCCCAUGACAUUUCCUGGGCCCGUGUCACAUGACAGCCCCUCACUCAGCACAGGUUCUCCUGCUGGCGACUCUGUGGUCGUUGGGAUCACCAUCCCCCCCGCCCCCCACUUCACAGAUGGAAAAGCUGAGCUUCCCCACCCCGUGGUCAGCUGAGGCCACCUACCCGCUACAUGGCCAGGGCAGGAUCCCACUCGGGUUUGCCUGACUUCGGCAGGCCCUCUGCUUUCUCCGUCACCACAGUUGUGGCUUUUUAUAAAGGGAUUUUGAAAUC